CACAUCUCGAAAAAAAAAAAAGGAAAAGGGCAACAACUCUUGAAGCUAGCGGCAACUGUCAAACACACAAACUCCAGUGUCUCCCCACUCCAUAGUGACACUGCGCCUGCCUGCGAGAUCCAAAAUCCGACCAGCCAGCGUUAGCUCGGAGAGGCGAGGCGAGAAUGUCGGCCGCGGCGGGCGGGUACAGGGCGGAGGACGACUACGACUACCUGUUCAAGGUGGUGCUCAUCGGCGACUCCGGCGUCGGCAAGUCCAACCUCCUCUCCCGCUUCACCAAGAACGAGUUCAGCCUCGAGUCCAAGUCCACCAUCGGCGUCGAGUUCGCCACCCGCAGCCUCCAGGUCGACGGCAAGGUCAUCAAGGCCCAGAUUUGGGACACCGCCGGCCAGGAGAGGUAUCGUGCUAUCACUAGUGCCUAUUACCGGGGAGCUGUGGGAGCAUUGCUCGUCUACGAUGUCACCCGUCGUGCUACAUUCGACAACGUGGGACGCUGGCUAAGGGAGCUUAGAGACCACACUGAUCCUAGCAUUGUCUGCAUGCUGAUUGGCAACAAAUCCGAUCUCCGCCACUUGGUGGCUGUCUCAACCGAGGACGGCAAAGAGUUUGCUGAAGCCGAAUCAAUGUACUUCAUGGAAACUUCUGCGCUCGACGCUACCAACGUCGACAAUGCGUUCGCGGAGGUCCUGACUCAGAUAUACCAGAUUGUGAACAAGAAGCCGGUGGAGGCACCUGAGGAUGGGUCGGCUGGCCCAGGAAAAGGAGAGAAGAUAAACGUGAAAGAUGAUGUCUCGGCGAUGAAGAGAGUUGGAUGUUGCUCAAACUAAAGACAAGAGGGACACAAUUUAUUCAUUUUUCCAAGUAGGGAUGCUCAGGGUAUACUGUAAUAGAUCUAUUCAAUUGUCUCAUUUCUGGUGUUGUUAUUGAGGGUUAGGGUGAUCCAACUAUCAUUCAAACUAUCAGUUCUUGAUUUGCUCUUUGUAUCAAACUGAUCAUGGUGUUGUUAUCUAUCACUGCAAUGCAAGUAUUAUGUUGACAGAAGAAGCAUA